UAACUAAAGACCAGUUGGCUCGGUGUAAAGAUGGAUUCUGUUCUGAUCCCAAGUAUAAGUUAGCUCAAAAUGCAAUUGUGAAUCAUGAUCCUCUGGAAAUUCUUUUAGAACAAGACACUAUUCAGAAAACGAAUCAUUGUUACAAUCACAAGGUGCCUGAAGUAAAACCUGUCACAAACCAGAAGAAUUCUGGUCGGUGUUGGAUAUUUGCCUGCUUGAAUGCAAUGCGUAUUCCUUUUAUGAAACUUCACAAUUUGGAGGAGUUUGAAUUCAGUCAAAACUAUCUAUUUUUCUGGGACAAGGUGGAGAGAAGUCUUUUCUUUUUACAUGCAUAUGCUGAGACAGCCAGAAACGGUGAAGAGCCAGAUGGGAGACUUUUGAAUUUCCUUCUUACUGGUCCAGUUGAUGAUGGUGGACAGUUUGAUAUGCUCAUUAACAUAGUUGAGAAGUAUGGUGUUAUCCCAAAAAAGUGUUUUCCUGAAGCACAUAAUGCAGAGGCCACUCGUAGAAUGAAUGUCAUGUUGAGAUGCAAGCUUCGUGAGUAUGCCUUGCGCCUUCGCUUGCUGAUCAAAGAUGGCAGGUCUGAACAGGAUGUUCAGUCGGAAAUUGAUCGUGCCAUGACAGAGAUUUAUCGUAUCAUCGUGAUCUGCCUUGGGUCACCACCAGAGAUGAUAACUUGGGAAUAUCAUGAUAAAACUAAAGCUUACCGCAAAGUUGGACCAGUGUCACCAAAAGAUUUCUACGAAAACUAUGUCAAAUCAGUCUAUAAUAUUUCAGAUAAGGUGUGUAUUGUAAAUGACCCCAGACCAGGUCAUCACUAUGGCAAACUGUACACUGUGGAUUACCUGAAUAAUAUGCAUGGAGGCAAAAAAUGUUUGUAUGUGAACCAACCGUCGAAGACAUUGAAGGAAUAUGCAUUGAAAUCUAUUAAGAAUGAUGAGCCAGUUUGGUUUGGUUGUGAUGUCGGAAAGGCUUGCAGCUGGAAACAUGGCAUUAAUGACAUGGACUUGUAUAACUAUGAAUUAGUUUUUGGUGUACCAAUGUUUGCGAUGACAAAGGCAGAACGACUGGAAUAUUGUGAAUCAAUGAUGACACAUGCUAUGCUGAUAACAGGGGUUGGAACAGAGAAUGGCAGUGAUGGUGAGGAAGUCAUGUGUAAAUGGAGAGUGGAGAAUUCCUGGGGAGACGAUAAAGGAGAUAAAGGUUACUUGAUGAUGACUGAUAAAUGGUUUGAUGAGUUUGUGUAUGAAGUCACUAUAGAUAAGAAAUAUUUAGCACCUGAAGUCUUAGCUGUGCUAGACCAAGAACCGAUUGUACUACCAGCAUGGGAUCCUAUGGGAGCACUAGCCUAGUUGACUUUCUCGUAGUUCCACCAAAUAUAUGCAUAUAGCCAGAUUUCCCAACUAAUAUCUUAACAUGAUUCUAUAUUUUUGGAAAAUUAAUAUUAUUAAUUAUUUUUAUCAUAAUGCAUACGAUUAUGGAAAUGCUUGGGAUAUUUUUAUCUGUACCACAGGAGCAUAACAAAAAUUCCAAGAAAGGAAGCCUGAAAUUUGACUCCCUGAUUCAUCCUGUUUUUUAAUCCAUAGGCAACCAUAAAAACCUAUGGAGUAAAUAUGUGAGGCCUCCAAUGUGUUAAACCCGAAAAAUACAUAGCUAUAUAUCUUUGAGUUUGAUUGCUUAGAAAAUUGUAAUCAAAACUGACUCUCUGGGAUUCACAAGGUUACGUCACAAAUUUUAUUACAUUCUGACAAGACGUGCACCACUGUACCAUGUAUUUCUAUUGGCUCUGUGCAAGUUGCUGUGGAAUGCUGGUUGAGGAGCGAAAGAGUGAAGAGCAGGUGAAGUCAGAAAAAAAGGUUGCAUUUUAAUGAGCCAUCAUCAAUAUAAAUGACAAUUUGUUUUGUACUUUUAAUAGAGAUGCACCUCUUAUGAAUCGAAUACAAUGUAGCAUUUGAAUAACAGUUGGGUCAGCAUUACGACAGAGCUUUGAGCUCCUUUCACAAAUACUAUUUCCUCUGUGCCAAAUUUAUUCUCAACUCGUAUGCAUAUAUAAUCAGGUAUUUAUACUGCAAUCCUUUUAACAAAUUUGAAUACAAUUUUUCACUGAAUUCUCUUCCAUUUCCAUUUAAGGUUCCCACAUUUCAAACUGGGGGAGGGUGAAGUAAUAUGGUUUACUGUAAAUAUUUUAUUCAGUUGCGUGAAGACCAAUGUUUUAGCCACACACCUCCCAGUUUUAAAAAUGGGCAAACCUUACCUGUACUUUCCAGUAUAUGUACAUUUUCAGGGAAUUUGCAACAAAUUUUUAAAAUGUGUAUUUGCAAUAAUUCUCAAACCAACUUACGAGUGUCUUGUAAAGAAAUGUAGUUUCAACAUACUGGUAAGUCAAUUAUUAAAAUAUAUCUGGAUUCAAAAUUGAAA